AUGGUAGAGAUUACCUAUCUCCCUCCAAAAAUCCCCGGCCACGGGCAGUGUGAGCCCGUUUGUUCUUGGUGCGGUUUCCUGCAGCCGGCGUCCCGAUUGAGGUUGCAGCUCAUACUACCCGGCGCCCGGUACGGUACCUUAUAUUCAAAUCCCCCAGCCGUCCCCGCACCUCUUUGGCACUACAUACUGCCGGUAACUGGUCAAGACCGUACCAGUGGUGUAGCUAUGGGAGACGGCGCUCAUAUUACCCCCAGUCCGGCGCCGGCCCACGACCUUAGCUUAGACAAGAAGGAAACUAUUCACGCCGUGGACUCAUUAACUUCUCACAGCGAACCUCCCCGAAAGACAUGGCUCGCCAGCCUCAAAUCCUGGGCUUUCCUUGGAACUCAGAGCAAUGCCCGGUCUCCCGUCUAUCAGCGCCGUGCCCCACCACCGACAGCCGAGUCGGACUCGCUCUGGUCCAAGCUAAGAACCUUCUUCAAGUUCCUCGGGCCAGGUGCCAUCAUCAGCGUGGCCUAUGUCGACCCGGAUAAUUACCAGACCGCCAUUGCCUCUGGGAGCUCGUUCCAAUACAGGUUACUGUUCAUGGUGCUGGUGUCGAACAUCAUUGCCAUCUACAUCCAGUCUCUGUGUAUCAAACUCGGCACCGUAACCGGCAUGGACCUUGCCCAGCUGAAUCACCGGUACCUCCCGCGCUGGCUCGAGCUCAUCAUCUACGUGAUCGCCGAGGCGAGCAUCAUCGCCACAGACCUCGGCCAGGUCAUCGGCCAGUCCAUCGCGCUCAACAUCCUGAUCCCGGCGCUCCCACUGUCCGCGGCAUGCGUCCUCUCGGUGGUGGACACGCUGCUCAUCCUGCUCUUCUAUACGCCCACAGGUGAGCUCCGCCGCGUGCGCAUCUUCGAGGUCUUUGUGGCGCUCCUGGUCGCGGCUGUCUUUGUAACUCUCUGCGUGGCGCUCUCCAUGGUCUCGCCGCCCGCGGGGCCCGUCUUCCGCGGCUUCCUCCCGUCGCGCGAGGUCUUUGUCGACACGGGCCUGUACGAGAUGUGCGCCAUCCUAGGGGGCACGCUCAUGCCGCACGCGCUGUACGUCGGCACGGCCCUCUCCCGCUCGCGCCUAUACGACUUUGACGCAAAGCACCACCCCACCACCACCACCACAACAGUAACAAACACAACCACCUCCCCCACAUCCCCCACCUACAGCUCAUCCACCCUCUCCCAACAACCACCCCCCUACCGCCCCUCCCUCCAGGCUAUCCGCGCCUGCCUCCGCUACUCCAUCGCCGAGCUCUGCAUCACGCUCUUCACCAUCGCCGUGCUCGUCAACUCGGCCCUGCUCAUCAUCGCCGGCACCGCCUUCUACCACCCCCCCUCAUCCGAAAUCCCCCCAGACGACGAAGAACCCUCUUCCUCCGAAGACCUCUACACCCUGCACACCCUCUUCUCCACGCUCAUCUCCCCCACCGCCGGCACGCUCUUCGCCACCUCCCUCCUCUUCUCCGGCAUCAGCGCGGGCGUCGUCUCCACCGUGGCGGGGCAAGUCGUGAUGGAGGGGGCCUUCGCGGUGCGGCUGGCGCCGUUCGCGCGGCGGCUGCUGACGCGGUGCGUGGCCAUCGUGCCCGCGCUGGUGAUCGCGCUGGCGGUGGGGCGCGAGGGGCUGGGCAGGGCGCUGGUGGCGUGUAAUUACCUGUUGGCGAUUGCGCUGAUUCCCGUGACGGCGCCGGUGAUUUGGUAUACGGGGAGGGGUAGGUAUAUGGUGGUGGGGGUGGGGGUUGGUGGUGGUGUUUGGUGA